AUGUUUCAGUCCAACGCGACCUGCUUCCUUGAAUCAUUUCGUCCGGUCUACCUGGUCACAAAAAUCGUCCACGUUCAUUUCGAGACCCUCAACUUUCGACAGCAAACCAUCGGACGCACUUUGUUGGACCAAUUUCGGUUCUUGCUAACCGUGUUCUUGGAUGGCUAUCUGGUGUUCGUAGGAUGCCGUAACAGUGCCGGAUUCCUCAAGCUCACGGAUUCUAUGCUGAUCAACACCGGAUGCUACGUCAGCGUAGUGUCGCUGUACCUCUUUUCCUUCUCGUUACCGCUGUGGAAUCGGUACAAAUCGACGGAGAUGUUUGAGGUGUUCCAGACGUUAACCGAUUGCGACGAGCAUUUGAAGGUUCUUGGAGUGAACGUUGACCAUCGAAAGCAUUUGAUUAUGAACUCAGUCGCCCUGGGCAUGGUGGGACUGUUGAUUCUAACGAUUUUAGGAGUCGGAGGAUACAUCCGAUUCACUGUCUACUGGAAACACUUUGAACCUAUUCUACCGGACAAUACGUCAACUCUUUCGGUUUUACGUACAUUUAUCAAUUUACACUUCUUCGUUUGCUAUUGCAGUUUAAUACUUUGGUCAAUUCGAGAACGAUUCGUUGGAUUGGAACAAGCCAUUGUAAAACUUUCCACUUCAGGAGACGCUCAAACAUUGAUUCAGAUAACUGCCAAAAUCCAUGAUCAACUGUGCGAUGCGGUGCAACUGUUCAACCGUUGCUAUUCCGGCCAUAUAAUGUUCCUAAUGGUGGCAGCAUUCACCUACUCGAUAUUCUGUGUAUUUGGAUUGAUUCACUCGUACGCAUCCAGCGCGAAUGCCAUCACAAUUCGCGUGUCCUGGAACAAUAUGAUCUAUGAUUUGGGCUACCUACAGAUCAUGCUACAACCGAUUGUGCUUUCGGCCCUAGUCUACAGAGCAGUUAGUUUUAAGCCACAAUUCAAAAGUUAUCAAUUUUCAUUGCUUUUAUCAACUUUCCAGAGCAAUAGAGUUUCCAUCUCUCUCAACAAGGACGUUUGUUAUCGACCAUACCGAAACCGGACAUUUGAACAACUGCGUGUUCUGUCAAUGCAGCUAUACCAUCGUGAAGCGAAGAUUUCCUGUGGAGUCAUCGACAUCGAUUGGGUCCUUUUGUACACACUGGCAGGAUCAUUCACAACAUACUUGGUAAUUCUUCUACAGUUCGACUUGGCCAACUUCGAAAAUCUGUAGUCUUCGAAAAUCAACCGCAGUCUAACAAAGUUCAAAGCGCAACAUAAUUCUUG